CAUUUUCAAACAACAGAGGUGUUUCCUUCCAGCUCAUUUCCCAGCCAGGAGUGGAGCUGAACAGCUCUCUGGAUUGUUGCAGAAAUGUCCCACGGGAAAAUGCCUCUGGUGCUUUCUCUGGUUCUCAUCCUCUGUGGCCUUUUUAAUAGCAUCUCCUGUGAAAAGCAGCAAACCUCCCCAAAGACUAUUACCCCAGUCUCAUUCAAGAGAAUUGCAGCUCUCUCCCAGAAGAUGGAAGCUAACUACAAGGCUUUUGCCCAAGAAUUGUUCAAGACUCUGUUAAUCGAGGAUCCCAGAAAGAAUAUGAUCUUCUCCCCUGUGAGCAUCUCCAUUUCCCUGGCCACCCUCUCCCUGGGGCUCAGAUCCACAACACGCACCAACGCCAUUGACAUCCUGGAACGUGACCUCAGAAACCUCCGAGUGUGGGACAAGCACCAGGCUUUACAGCAUCUUGUUGAGAUGCUGCACGAGCUAGAAAAGAAGAAACAGCUGAAGCACAAGGAUAUUUUCUUUAUCGAUAGGAACAAGAAGAUGAACCAGAUGUUUCUGAAGGCGAUCGAGAGGGUAUAUAAAGUGGACAUCCAGAUGAUCGACUUUAAAGAUAAAGAAAAAACCAAGACGGCCAUCAACCAAUUUGUGGCUGACAAAAUAGAUAAGAAAGCCAAAAACCUAAUCACCCACCUGGACCCUCAGACCCUCCUAUGUCUUGUCAACUACGUUUUUUUCAAAGGCAUUUUGGAAAGAGCUUUCCAAACCAACCUCACAAAGAAGGAGGACUUCUUUGUGAAUGAAAAGACCAUAGUGCAGGUGGACAUGAUGAGGAAGACAGAACGAAUGAUUUACAGCCGGUCAGAGGAACUGCUGGCUACGAUGGUUAAAAUGCCUUGCAAAGAAAAUGCGUCCAUAAUUCUUGUCCUCCCUGACACAGGAAAAUUUGACUUUGCUUUAAAAGUGAUGGCUGCUAAGAGAGCUAGACUUCAGAAAACCAAUGACUUCAGAUUGGUGCACUUAGUUGUGCCCAAGAUCAAGAUCACCUCCAAGAUAGACUUAAAACGUCUGCUUCCAAAGAUUGGCAUCAAUGACAUAUUCACUACCAAGGCCGUCGCCUGGAACACCACCAAGAAGAUUUCGACUAUCCUGGAGGCCGUGCAUCAUGCUGUGAUAGAGGUGAAGGAUGAUGGCUUGACCAAGAAUGCAGCCAAGGACAAGGAAUUUUGGAAGGUCCCCGUGGACAAGAAGGAGGUCCCCGUGGUUGUGAAGUUUGACAGACCCUUCUUCCUCUUUGUAGAGGAUGAGAUAACUCGAAGAGACCUCUUCGUGGCCAAAGUCUUCAACCCCAAAACUGAGUAGAGGUGGGGCCAGGCUGUGCUGAGCAGGAACUUUGGUCAUGAAUAAAAUGAAUAUAAUUCA